CCAUUCCCAAAACUAUAUCUAGCUGUUUACCCAAAGAAUCUCACCAAGACCUGGGGAACCCUGGAAGCUUCCACCCAGACACAAUGUGCACAAUGGUACCUGUCCUGCUGUCCCUACUGCUUCUUCUGGGUCCUGCCAACACCCAAGAUGGGCACUACUCUCUGAGCUUCCACUAUACCGGGGUGUCCAGGCCCGAGGCCAGCUUCCCCAGUUUUCAGGCCACUGGCUACCUCAAUGACCUGGCCUUCCUCCACUACGACAGCGAAAGCGGAGUGGCUGAGCCCUUGGGCCCGUGGACACAGGUGAAAGGAAUGGUGGACUGGGAGAAGGAAACUCAAUUGCAGAAGGCCAGGGAGGACAUCUUCAUGGCGACCCUGAAAGACAUCAUGGGCUAUUACGAGGACAAAGAUGCAGGGAAUCACACUUUGGAGGGAAGGUUCGGAUGUGAGCUUCGGGAUAACAACUACUGUGGAGCAUUCUGGACAUAUAUCUACGAUGGACAAGAGUACAUCAAGUUUAUCACAGGCAUCCCAGGCUGGUUUCCCCGUCAAACAAAAGCUGUGUUUACAAAGGUAAAGUGGGAGACAGAAGGCUCUGUGCAAGCAGCCAAGGACUACCUGGAAGACGAGUGCCCCCGGAAGCUGCAGAACUACCUGCAAUACAGCAAGAAAAUCCUGGACCAUAAAGACACUCCCUCUGUGUCAAUCACCAGCCAGGUGGGCCCAGGAAACAGCAGGACUCUCAAGUGCCUGGCCUACAACUUCUACCCACGACCAGUCAGCAUGUACUGGACUCAGGCAGGCAGCCCAGUGGAGACUGAUGAAUGGGGAGACAUUGUGCUUAGUGAAAAUGGCACAUACCACUCCUGGGUGACAGUGAAAGUCCCCUCUUCGGACAGAGGCCCCUACACCUGCCACGUGCAACACAGCAGCGUGGCCCAGCCCCUCACUGUCCCAUGGAAUGAGGGGCAGGAAUGAGGGGCUGCAGGCGCCUCGGCGUCUGGAGGCCAGGAGCCGCCCCUCCCUUGGGACAGCAGAGGCAUGAUCUCCACAGUGACUGACAUCGCCAUCAGCAAGGCCCAGAGAGGCAUGAGGGAACAGAGGUGCUGAAUUUGGAGACACAAGGCUUGAAUGCCGGGCACUGUGCUGACUCACUGCUGCACUCCCCCCGCCCCCCGAACCCAUUAUCUAGGCUGCGAAGGCGUAGCAACACUAAUCAACUAGUCAAUGUUCAAAAUAAAUCAGAUUGCUCAGCUGUUAAA